AUGCGAGCAAGUGGGAUUGGUGUUAGCCGUGCAUACCAUUUUUUGGAGAACGAAGCUGAUAGUCGGCAGAAUAUUGGAUUCAUACGGAAGGACGUAUUCAAGAAACUAUACAAGGAAUCCCGAAACAUGUCGAAGCUUAAGCACGGAGAUGCAAACAAAUUGAUGGAGAUUCUGACAAAUAAAGGAAUGAGCGACCCGUCAUGUUUUUGGAAGGUAAAGUUAAGUGACGAUGGAAGGCUACAAAACUUGUUCUUCCGUGAUACACGUUGUUUGAUUGAUUAUCAACAUUUUGGUGAUGUGUUAUCUGUUGAUGCUACGUACAAGACGAACAAAUACGAUUUUAUUUGUGUGUCAUUGGUUGGCAUCAAUCACCAUCGUAUGAAUGUGAUGUUCGGACUUGGUUUCUUAUUAAAUGAGAAAGUCGAGUCGUAUGAGUGGUUAUUUAGUAUGUUUCUUCAAGCUAUGUACCACAAAGAGCCUUCUAUUGUAUUCUCUGACCAAGACAUGGCUGUCAUGAACGCGGUUGAUUCGACUUUUCGGCAUGCGUCACAUAGGCUUUGUCAAUGGCAUAUCAACAAGAAUGCCGUGAAGCACUUUGGGAAACUUAAUAAGGAUCCAUGUUUCAAAAAUCAGUGGUUUAGGUAUAUGAAUGGAUGCGAGAGUGAGCAUGAGUUUGAUAUGACUUGGUCAAGAAUGAUAGAUGAACAUGAUUUGUCGGAGAACAGAUGGUUAUUUUAG